UCAAGGUUGAAAAAGAAAUUCCAACAUGGCGGCCCCCCAAGAUGACAUGUUUUAUCUCUGCGUGGAACCCGGCAAAGUUAGCAGUGCUGUAGAAGUCCGAUUUAUUGACAAUAUAAAGGGAAAGGGGUUAUUUGCAAAGAGAGAUAUCCGCAAAGGUGACACUAUCUUCAUUGAGCGUCCACUCGUCUCCUCUCAAUUCCUGUGGAAUGCAUUAUACAAAUAUAAAGCUUGUGAGUACUGCCUGCGGUCCCUGGAAACCGCUGAGGAGAAUGCACGGAGACUCAGUGGGCUUCCUGCCCUCAGCCUGCCCCACCCUGAGCUGUGCAGGGUGCGGUCCGAGCUGCACCAAGCAUGCCCGCAGUGCCAGGUGAUGUACUGCAGUGCAGAGUGUAGACAAGCUGCACAAGAGCAGUACCACAGAGUCCUGUGUCUUGGCCCUUCCCAGGACGACCCGGAUCAUCCCAUGAACAAACUGCAGGAUGCAUGGAGGAGUGUCCACUAUCCCCCUGAAACCUCCAGCAUCAUGCUGAUGGCAAAGAUGGUGGCUGUAGUCAAACAGGCUCAAGAGAAAGGGCGCUGGCAAAGGCUCUUGUCUCAGUUCUGUAGUCGCUCAGCCAACGAGGAAGAGGAGAUUGCUCACAAGCUACUUGGAGAGGAGUUUCAGGGACAACUUACCCUUCUCCGAAGCCUGUUCAAAGCGGCACUUUACGACGACCACCUCGACCGGUGGUUUACCCCAGAGGGCUUCCGCUCGCUCUUCUCCCUGGUGGGGACCAAUGGCCAGGGGAUUGGCACCAGCUCCCUCAGCAAGUGGGUCCAUGCCUGUGAUGCACUUCAGCUUCCUGGCCACAAGAGGGAGCAGCUGGAUGCCUUUAUUGACCAGUUAUACAAAGACAUAGAAAAAGAGACGGGCGACUUCCUGAACUGCGAGGGCUCCGGUCUCUUCCUGCUUCAGAGCUCGUGCAACCACAGCUGCAUCCCCAACUCUGAAGUCACUUUCCCCGACAACAACUUCCUGCUUCACCUCAAUGCCUUGAGUGACAUCGGUGCAGGAGAGGAAAUCUGCAUCAGCUACCUGGACUGCUGCCAGAGAGACCGCAGUCGCCACAGCCGCCACAAGAUCCUGAGGGAGAACUACUUGUUCGUCUGCUCGUGUGCCAAGUGCGUGUCGCAGAUGGACGAGCCGGACGUGACCUCGGACGAGGAAGACGAGGGGGAGGCGGAGGGUGAGACGGAGGACGAGAUGACGGACGUGUGACCAGUUUGGACCUGACCCCCACCCCCAGUCCCUGGUGUGAAUCCUGACACGGGCCACGGCAGUGAAGAGGAGGAGGAGGAAGAAGAGAAAAACAGCCAGCCCACAUUAUUAGAGAAAAAAAAAAAAAAAAAGAAGUGAAAAUCUCAAUGUGACGUUAGCAGUCAUGUGCGUGCCAGGUUUAAAGCUGCCCGUUUGCACCUUCAAAGUGAUGAUGUCUGCUACGACCCUGCACACGUUACACAACACUUUCACACUUGCGGUCCCAGGACAGGUCCAAAUACUGAGGUGUAACGUACUCUUUAUCACACGAGGGUGAACUUGAACAUCUCCCUCUCACCACUCACCAGUGGAGAGAACAAUGUCUCUCUUCUAUACUCUCUCUUCUAUACUCUCUCUUCUAUAGUCUCUCUUCUAUAUGCACCCAGAAGCACCAUUCUGCUCUCUCUCUAAAUCCAAGCUGUUAUGAAACGCAUCUAUGCAUCAGGGAUACGAGUCGGUCUGCACUCUUUUCUUUGAGGUAAUCACUGCACUUCCAUUUGCAGCAAGCGUAAUUGCGGUGCAGUUGGUACAGUACAGCAAAUUGUUGUUGUCAGACUUCAUUGUUUACUUCAUCCCAGCCCCACGUACACAACACAACACAACACAACACAUCCCUCCCCAUCCUCAUCCUCAUCGCAGAGUGUUCAAGUCAGCUAUCCAUCUUGCUAUAGUUCUAACUUUUGAAUCUCUUCGUCGUCAUCUUAAAGGUAAAUGCGGGUCUGAGAAUGGGAUCCGUGUUCCUGUUCCCCUCCCACCCCAUGCCAGCACCCUCAUGUUCAGCUACAGAUCAUGGCAGUGUGUUUGGUGAUGUGAAUGAGUGAAUUGUUUACGGUCUGCCGGGACUUACGUAAGUAAGCCUCGACUGCAGUAGAGUAGGAAAACAGACGUGACUCGAGCGCGUUACACAAGCGCUACCUGGCAGACGGGAGGCAGACAGGCAGUCUCGCACGCUUGGGUUUGCUGGCGAGCGAGCGAGGGGUAAUGGCCUGUUCUUCCGAUGCUGCUGGCAGUGUGUGGAGGAGAGACGGAAAGGAGGCGGAGAGGAGCUUACGAGGGCUGAGGAUGUGGAUGUAUGCUGAUCUCUUGAGUGUCUCUGUCAAUGUCCUCAUCCAUUAAAAAAUGUCUCAUUUUCCUGGCA